CGGGAAGUUGAUUUCUCCGGCCCGGUGGAGGAGCACAGGAGAAAGAUGUCUUCCGUGGACGUGCAGGAUUUUAUUCAACAGAACCGGGCUGUUGCCAAUCAGGUGGAGACGUUUCGGGGUUACUGGGAGAGCGAGAAGCACUGGGAGGCGCGGAGGGAGUUCAUCCUGAGGAACAUGAACGACUUUAAAGAGGAGCAGCUCGACCAUCUGCUGUCUUUGUCCAUGGUGUGGGCCAACAACGUCUUCAUGGGCUGUCGUUACAGCACAGAGCUCCUGGAACGGGUGAGGGAAAUGGCCGAGGGGAUCGUGGUGGAGGACGCGCCGAUUUUCAAGACGAGAGAUGAAAUUAUGAAAAGCCAGCAGGGCCGAUGACCGGACCGGUCCCUUCGGAUCACACGCGGAGACGCUCAGGAUGUGUUCGUUCCAACAUGGACCACGUUUUUAAUGGUUUUAGAAAAAUGUUUUUAAUGGAUCUUUUUAAAGUUGCGUGAACAAACUUUCUCCUAGUUUUGAAUAUGGGAGCAUCUCAUUGCAUUCAAUUUUACCUGUAAUUUUUUUUUAAGUCAAUUUUUAAGCAUGAAUGUGUACAUUUACAGUGAUUCUGACACAUGUUUUAACGUGUUUAUAAUGUGCUACAACAGAAUUAAAGAACAUUGUUUUUUC